AAUACCAGACAGCCGAGAGGCUAUUUAUUACAAAUUUCUCCCCCGCUUGGUUUUGAAUUCUCCUGGGGACUUCUUCUUCUUCCUCUAAACCCUUACAUCAUCAACAACGUUUCUGUAAAACCCUACCCAGCUAGCUACUCUUAUCUGUACCCUCAAUUGUACUUAAUGCAAAACAGCACUGACUGAGAUUCAAGAAACCCUGUCAGAGCUUCAAAGUUCAAGUCUUUUUAACUUUAUGGAUCCACAGAAUCCAGCAGAAAAGCGAUUCUCACUGCGCAAUGACAAACAAAGUAGCAUUGCAAAGAACAAGAGCAGCAAAGUCACACUUCAAGAUAUUCAAGUUGUCCAGAAUUUGAUUGAAAGGUGUCUGCAGUUGUAUAUGAACAGAGAUGAAGUCAUCAAUACCCUCUUAGAUCGUGCUAGGAUUGAGCCUGAGUUUACAAAACUGGUAUGGCAGAAACUGGAAGAAGAAAAUGGAGAAUUUUUCAAGGCCUACCACCUAAGGCUAAAGCUCAAAGAUCAAAUUCAUAUGUAUAACCAGUUGCUUGAGCAGCAAUACCAUCUGAUGAAACAGCAAGAGCGUGCAGAGUUUGAGAUAGCUCCUGUGCAGAAUGGAAUGCAUCACAUGCCUGGUUAUUUCGGGAUCAAUUCCAUGGCCACCAUAUCUGGUUGUCAUGGAGUUAAUGGAAUACCUGCUCCAGGAAACUUCCACCGUAUGCAACAUAAGUGUGCGAAAGAAAGAAGUCCAGCUAAUACAGUACCUUUCUUCCCUGCUGGUGAUAUGAAGUUAGAUGGGGCUUCAAGUCCUGUAGCAGUGGCAUUGAAUGGACAAUUUUCCUUCACUCCUGAAACAUCAGGGCUAAAUCUGGACACACCAGUGCUUGACUCUGCAUUUACUUCUGAUAUAGCAAAUCUAGAGAGGUUGCGUCUUGGAGCAGAUGGUCAGAACACAUGUCCUGAGGAGUCACUUCAAUCAUCGGAUCAGAUGACUUGGGAUUUUGGCUUCUCUAAUACCGCUGAAUGGUCAAACUUUCAAGAGUUUGGACCAGCGGGGAACUAUUCAGGCUCAGAGUUUCAACCUUCUCAGUUGGAUAUUAAUCUUGAUUCUGCAGAGCAAAAUGACAUGGUUGAUGGGUUCCUUCUCGAUGGUCCACCUGGUCAAGGCACUCAACCUGCAGAGGAAACUAAGCCAUAGUGAGGUCUUGUGUAUUUGAGCGCCUCUAGUGCUCAGGAUCAGAUAGGUUUACCAUGCAGGUCAAAGUGCUGCUUAGCCAUGAAUAUCAAGAAUUAGAUGCUUCUUUUGAGCAAGAUAUGAACAUCUGGUUGAUGAAUCCAUGUACAUUUCCAAUCUAUAGAUUUUUGGUUACAGUCAUAUGAAAUGCA